ACUAGGGGUAAAAGCGCUCCUAGUGUCAAAUAAAGUUACUUAUAUUGUAUAUUUACAUAAUAUAUUACAAUUUUGCGUAAUCAGUCAGUAAUGAGUACAUUAUAAAUUAUAAUAUUAUUUUUGAAGUAUAUUAUUAAUAUUUAUUAUUUUGUAUUUUGAUUUUUUAUGUUUUCUAAUUCUAAUUAUUGUGUUUUUAUAACACACCUAUAGAUGGCGCUUUUACCCCUAGUUGUACCUUACGGCGGCUUUAGAAACAUUUUAGGGCCACUGAUAAGGUAGUCGAUACCAGUCCAUACUAUCUUAGUCCGUGCGUACCGUCUAUUAGUAUAAGGUCUAUGAGUGGUACAAAUAUUUUAUUUAUAUGUUUGUUAUUUUCCUAACCUAACAUUAAUCAGAAUUAUGAUAAAGCCGAAAUGAUAAAGAAAAAUUUAUGUUUCAUCUGCUCUUGCAUUGUGUUGCACCAGUACGAUUAUCAGUGAACUAUUCCAGUGCACACUUGGUGCAAAAGUGCAGACCGGUGGAAAACGCUAUAAGUGAUUCUGUAAACGCCUCUAUCGAUAGUUUGCGCUUACAAAUUUCGUUACCAACAAGUCGAUAGGAAAUCAUCACCUAAUGAUCAUUUUCUGGGAGUUUAUAAAUUGUAUCCAAUCACAGUGCGAGAAGUAUUCUUAUCAUGAUUCUUUAUCACAGGAAAUUACAUUUAAUUUUAGUUCGUAUUUUCGUUUAAACUUUAAAUUAAUACGAAAAACGAAUUUGUUACUUCACACUCGUAAUUUGUUCCGUGUACUUUUUAUUUAAAAAAAAAACUGAAUAUAUGUGAUUGUUAUACUUGUCUACCUGUUAUACCUGUUAAUUGUUAUACCUGUCUACCUGUCUAUACCUGUUAUACUUGAUUCUAAAUAUGAAGAGGAUAGCUACUCAAUCAAUAUCUCAAAAUGAUGAGCAAGAGAUUAAUCAAAAAAAGUCAAGACAAGGCAGAAGAAAUGAUAAACAAUUAACUUUUAUGGUAGACUACAUGGUACAACACCCUCAUGUCGCCACUGGUAAAUUUAGAACAAUUAACGGAAAAAAUGACCUCGAAGGCUCGUGGGAUGAGUUGGUGCAACACCUUAAUAACCUUCGGAAUCCUGGUGUAAAAGAAAAAAAUACAAAAUCCUGGAAAGAGUCUUGGAGAGAUUUGAAGACCAAGGUCUCAAAAAAGGCAUCAGUGUUAAGGAACUCAAGAAGACAGACCGGAAAUAAACAUAUUCAAUUCAACGAAUUGACUGAGAUGGACAAUAAAGUUUUAGGUAUAGUAGGGUUUGAUUAUGUUGAGGGGACGACAUGCCCAGAUUCAUGGCCAGAAGAACUGGAUAAUGAUGUUGAACAGUUGGCAAACGGUGAUAUUAGUAUAUUGAAUAUAGUACCUACUCCACUAACCAUAAGGCCAAACCAUGAUGAACAUAAUAUGAAUGAUGCAAAUGAUUUAAAUUCAUAUACUGUGGAAAUCUUAGACAACAUCCUGGAGGUAUCACAACAGAUGUCACCGACUUGUGAGUCAGUGCCACAGAUCGCAGUACCUGACUUUUGCACUUCAUUUACACCAGACAAUUCAUUGGCUACACAACCUCUAUUUUCAAAUAUUACUACUGCCACUAAUUCCAAAAAGAAAAAAUGUGAUGUCAAACUUAACACACAAUUUUCCAAUGCGCGUGAAAUAUUCACUAAUCUUGCCAAAACAAGCAACCAACAAAUUGAGCUGUUAACAAAUUCUUUAAGCAUGAUAGCUGAAAGCAACAUACAAAUGGCUGCUGCAAUCACUAAAAUGGCUGAAAACGACGAAAAAAGACUCUUAGUAGAUGAGCAACUUGUAAAUUUAUUAUCUGCUACAAUUUCAAAAUUAAAUUAAA